AUGUCCGCGCCGGAAGCCAAACGCCAGCGCACGCAACCCACCUACGAGCUGCUCUACCACCCCGGCAUCCCCGGCCGGGGCGAGUACAUCCGACUGGUCCUCGAAGCCGCGGGCGCGCCGUACAGCGACGUCGCCAACGAGAAGGGCUCGGCGGGCUACGCGACGGUGCAGGCCCUCUGCUGCUCGGCGACGAGCACGGGCGACGACGACGGCAACCCGCCCGUGUUCGCGCCACCGGCGCUGCGCGUCGCGGGCGCGGGCAAGGGCGGCAGGGCGCUGCUCGUCGCGCAGACGCCCAACAUCCUCGCGUACCUCGCGCCCCGGGUCGGGCUGGCGCCCGCGGACGAGGCCGACGCCCUGCACGCGAACCAGGUCGUGCUGACGGCGCUCGACCUCAGCAACGAGACGCACGACUCGCACCACCCCAUCGCCGUGUCGCUGUACUACGAGGACCAGAAGGAGGAGGCCGCGCGGCGGGCCGUCGACUUUCGGGAGAACAGGAUCCCCAAGUUCUUCGGCUACUUCGAGCGGACGUUGAAGGGCAAUGAGGGGCUGGGCAAGGGCAAGUAUCUUGUGGGUGACAAGCUGUCUCAUGCGGACACGACGGUUUGGCAGGUCAUUGACGGCCUACUCUUUGCCUUCCCCAAGGAGCUUCAAGCCCGGAAAGAAGAGUUCCCGCUGAUCUUCGAGAAGUUCUAUCCUGGAAUUAAGGAAGAGAAGGGCCUGAAGGAGUACCUCGCCAGUGACAGGCGCUUGAAGUACUCCCAGGGCCUCUUCCGCCACUACCCUGAGUUGGACCGCGAGUGA